CAACAGUUUAACUUUUUUAUUCUCAACUGCAAAUAUGUUUUCAUCUAAAAGCGGUGAGUCCGAGAACACCUCACGAGUACAAUCGAAGCACUUUGAUUAUUCGCCACGUUCUUUCAAUGCGUCUAAUUUACUGAAAAGCCGCUAUUUAUAUACACACUCAACGAUUUCAUCAGACUCAAGAGAUCUAUUAACUACUCGCAGUUCUGCAAAUACUUCUUUUUAUUUUAAUUUUCACUGUAAAAAUUAUGAAUCUCACAAAAACACUGAAAAAUAUCUGAACAACAAUGUUCUCUCCCAAUCUGAACCCCACUCGUCACGCACUAAACCACGUUCACUCUUCCAGGAUUAUAAUCAUAAGUUCAGCUUAUUAACCCUUCAUAAGAAUCACUACGACUACUCGGAACGUAAAGCUUCUUCUCUAAAUAUAAGUGAACUAAAUUCAACUAUACAUCCUGCCAAUAGACCUAAUUUAUCUGGAGGAGGGAAUUUGUCAUCAUUGGUCAACUCAACGGCUUCCCCUUUUAAAUUGAUGUCAUCUCUACACUUUUCUACACUUAACCACAACGCUUGCAGUAACAAACAAAUUUCCUCACAGAGUGGCUUCACCUCAACGUCCGGAAUUCGCUUCCCUGUGGAAGAAAGAAGUUCAGUACGGAUAAGCGAAUACUGUAAAAAUAAAUUUAGUAACAAUUCUGAUCUCUCAAAAAACCGAAAAAUUCAUAAAUGCGAUACAGAAGGAUGUGGUAAAGUCUAUACCAAAAGUUCGCACCUAAAGGCCCAUAAGCGAACGCAUACAGGCGAGAAACCUUAUAUCUGCUCAUGGGAGGGUUGUGUAUGGCGCUUUGCAAGAUCAGAUGAGUUGACGCGGCAUUAUCGCAAGCAUACAGGAGUGAAACCGUUCCACUGUACUCUUUGCGCUCGUUCCUUCAGUCGUUCUGAUCAUUUAGCCCUGCAUAUGCGUCGGCAUUGAUUAAUUCUGGUUGUGAUCAAGAACGAG